ACUUCCGUAAAAGCAUAUCUGACAGUCUCAUUGUUCGCAACGAAAUCCAGACCAGAAACUGAUCGUACUUCAGGGGAGACUGCCGACGGAGGAAAGUUCAUUUUUGGAGCGUUACGUACCUGAAGUACACGAAAAAUUUCCUUCAUUAUAAAGGUAGACGUUAAGACCCAUAGGUGAAAAUGGCACUGAAGAUGGGUGAAGCAGAGGGCGCAAUGAAGGUAACUGAAUGGCAGCAGACGUACUACACUGCAGAUUCAGGCAUCCAGUCGGGUGCCACCACUGUACGAGGGCUGAUGGAUGAUGACCCCACAGAUUAUAGCAAGAAGUUCACACUCACCACCACAGUUACUGAGACUCCUGCAGAUGUGGAGUCCCAGUACGCAUUUACACGGGCCCAGAGAGUGCGGGCAGCCAUGUACCCGGAGACUAUUACAGAGGGGACAUCCAUCUUGUCCACACAAAUUGACGCAGGGCAACAAACCAAUGUACAGCGCCUUGCCGAGCCCUCUCAGCUGCUUAAAGCGGCCAUUAUGCAUCUCAUCAACUACCAGGACGACGCUGAGCUUGCCACUCGCGCUGUGCCUGAGCUCACAAAGCUGCUGAAUGACGACGACCAGGUGGUAGUAAACAAGGCAGCCAUGAUUGUCAACCAGCUGUCGCGCAAGGAUGCAUCCCGUCGAGUUCUGAUGCAGUCGCCACAGAUGGUGGCUGCGGUGGUGCGCACCAUGCAGAGCACCAAUGACAUGGAGACUGCCAGGUGCACGGCCAGCAUCCUCCACAACCUCUCUCACCAGCGUGAGGGCCUCUUGUCCAUUUUCAAGUCUGGAGGCAUCCCAGCCCUGGUCCGCAUGCUCAGUUCUCCCAUGGAGCCUGUGCUUUUCUACGCCAUUACCACCUUGCACAACUUGCUCCUGCAUCAGGAAGGAGCGAAAAUGGCAGUAAGGCUGACUGAUGGGCUGCAGAGGAUGGUGCCCCUCUUGAAGAAGAGCAACCCCAAGUUCCUAGCAAUCACCACUGACUGUCUACAGUUACUUUCCUAUGGCAACCAGGAGAGUAAGUUGAUCAUCUUGGCCAAUGGUGGUCCAGAGGGUUUGGUGCACAUCAUGAGGACCUACAAUUAUGAAAAACUGCUGUGGACCACCAGUCGCGUGCUGAAGGUGCUGUCGGUCUGCCCCAGCAACAAGCCUGCAAUCGUGGAGGCUGGUGGAAUGCAGGCUCUGGGAAAACACCUGAAUGGAUCAAGUCCACGUCUCAUGCAGAACUGUAUGUGGACUCUGCGCAAUCUGUCUGAUGCUGCCACCAAGCAGGAUGGUCUGGACGGGCUGCUGCAGGUGCUGGUAGGACUGCUGGGAUCAGAUGAUAUCAAUAUGCUGACAUGCGCGACAGGCACCCUUUCCAACCUGACCUGCAACAACGCCCGCAACAAGACACUGGUCACCCAGUGCAAUGGGGUUGAAUCGCUGAUCCAUGCUCUGCUGCGAGCCAGUGAUAAGGAGGAUGUGGCAGAGCCUGCCGUCUGUGCUCUUCGUCAUCUCACUAGCCGACACCCCGAUGCAGAUUUAGCCCAGAAUGCUGUGCGUCAGCACUAUGGCAUCCCUGCUAUUGUCAAACUGCUCAACCAGCCUUACUGGCCUGUCAUCAAGGCUACUGUUGGUCUGAUCCGCAACUUAGCAUUGUGCCCAGAAAACCAGGCGCCUCUGAGGGAUGCGGGUACUAUUCCCCGACUGGUAAACCUGCUACAGAAAGCCCAUCAGGAUGCUCAGAGACAUGCAACUUCCAGCUCUCAGCAGACCUAUCAGGAUGGUGUUAGAAUGGAGGAAAUAGUUGAAGGUUGCACGGGUGCCUUACACAUUCUGGCCCGGGAUCCUAACAACAGGAAUGACAUUGCAAACCUGCAGACUAUUCCUCUGUUUGUACAGCUGCUGUACUCUCCUGUUGAGAACAUAAAGAGGGUGGCUGCCGGCGUUCUCUGCGAGCUCUCUCUGGAUAAGCAUUAUGCCGAACUGAUCGACGCUGAAGGGGCCUCUGCCCCACUGAUGGAGCUGCUGCACUCCAACAAUGAGGGCAUUGCGACGUACGCUGCCGCUGUCCUUUACCGCAUUUCUGAGGACAAGACUGCAGACUACAGGAAGCGUAUUUCAGUAGAACUGACACACUCCCUGUUCAAGCAUGACCCUGCUGCCUGGGAGAUGGCCCACAAUGCCAUACCUAUGGAUGCUGGCUAUUUAGCAGAUGAAACUGACAUGGCCUACCCUUAUGCGUACGGUGCUGAGGAUAUGCACCCAGACAGAGACGGCCUAGAAGACUACCCCACCAGCAUGGCUUAUGACACCAUGCACAGACAAGCCUAUGCUGAUCACUACUAAUACAGGUCUAAACGUGCAUGGGACAGGCAUGACGGACACAGAUAGGGUGGAAGGUCAUGAGGAUAUUCUCAUCUAAAGUCAGUCUGCGGAGGAAGGGCAAUCAGAGACUAUAAAUGAACAAACGUUCUUGAGGGGAUUCAAUACACUGAAAUGUUGACUAACGUUCUUAAAUUCAUUGCUUCACUACUGAUAACACUAGUAACAUUUUGUUAGUUUUCCUUUUAUAAACAUUUUAAGUUUCUUGUAUACAUUUUUUUAUUGAUCAUAUAUAUUAUAUAUUUUUAGAAAGAUGCUCUCUAAAGCACAGCUUAUUGGGUGCAGUGUUGGUGUGUUUAUUUCUAAAUAACACCAACAAGUGUUAGUGACUUGUUUUCUUUUUUUGUAAAAAGAGGAAGAAAUCAGAUUAUUGAAACUUAAGACUGGCUCUGAAAUCUUUAGUGAUCAGCUUGUUGACUGAGACUUCAGCUGAAAACAACUGAAAAAUACACUGGAAUCACAAUCCUUUAUAUGUUCCAUAGCCUUUUUCCUUUUGCUUUGUAAUGUAUAGACUUCCUUAUUACUGAUAUUUAGCAUAUUUUAAUAGAUUCUCUUAUUAAUAUUGCUAUUUUUUUAAUCCAAAUGGUGUGCAUUGUUUAAGGGGACUUAAAGGAUAUGGGGAGAAUGUAUGGCAAAAUAUGCCAAAGAUUUUAUUUUGUGAAGAUAAUCAUGAUAUAUUUUUUUUUAGUCUGAAAACUUUGAAAGAACAUUUUUAGACUUUUGUUUUCAGCCUUUCUCAGUGGCACUGCUGUUUUCACUCCUGUGUUCACAUUUAAGAACUGUUUGUUGUAACUAUGUAUCUUAUUGUUAACAUAAGAAAUAUGUAUGUAAUGCUUAACCAAAAUCCAAGAUAUUAAGAUCAGCUACACAUCCUUAAUUACUGAAGUCCCGAAAAGGUUAUAUUGAAAGAACAGUAAUUUUUGUUUAGAAAUAUUCUCAGUAAAAAAAACAAACACCCACA